UCCUUUCCUCAUAAACUUUUAUACAUCCUUAACAGACAAGUUAUACGCAAUUAAUUUGCCUUCAACUCAUGUAGAAAUCCAAUUAGAUCGCAUGAAUCCUCUUAUUGUUAGAAAAACGUCCUUUCCUGCACUUUUUGAUAUUUUGCCUCAACGUCACUCUUCAACAAAAACAAUCGGGCGUGAGUAGGGAUAAAUAGGGAAGAAAAAGUUUCAAAACAUUUUCAAGCAUGGGACGUAAAAAGCGUGGCAAAACCGUGAAACGUAAUCACGCCGUUCUGAGCCAGGAAAACGAGGACAGCCUCGGGCAAAAUCCACAUUCCUUCGUGAUUCAUCGGGGAAAAGUCGGCAAAUAUGUGCAAGAGUUGGCCAAGGACUUUCGUCGGGUCAUGGAACCUUUCACCGCCACCAAUGUCAAGGCCCGUCCCAAGAACGUGAUCAAGGACUUUGUGCAUGUGGCUGGCCUGCUCAAGGUGUCUCAUCUCUGUCUCUUCACCAAGACGGAGCUGGGUCCGUACAUGAAGAUCGCCCGGUUCCCACGUGGUCCCACUUUGACCUUCCGAAUCCUGGAUUACACGCUGGCUCGUGAUGUGCGAUCCUCCCUCAAGCGACAAAUCACCUACGACAAGCAAUUCCAGAACCAUGCCCUUCUCAUCAUGAACGCCUUCACCGGGGCGGGGCGCGAUAUUGAGUUGAUGUCGUCCAUGUUCCAAAACAUGUUCCCCUCGAUCAACGUGACGCAAGUCAAGCUGAACGCCAUUCGACGAUGCGUUUUGCUCCACUACGACCCCGAAAAGAAAACCAUCGAGUUUCGCCACUACACGAUCAAGGUGGUGCCCGUGGGGAUGAGCAAGGGCGUCAAGAAGAUCGUCCAAGGCAAGGUUCCCAAUUUGAGUCGCUUUGAGGAUGUGUCCGAGUAUUUGGACAAGGCGGGCAAUCUCUCGGAAUCGGAAUUCGAGGAUGACGAAACCAACCGGGUCACAUUACCCCAAGCGGUCUCCUCGCGCGGCAAUCUCGCGUCGCAACAGUCGUCGGUGCGAUUGGUCGAACUGGGCCCGAGAAUCACCAUGGAGUUGUACAAGAUCGAGGAAGGUCUCUUGGAUGGCGAAGUCCUCUUUCACAGCCAAGUGGAGAAGACCGAGGAGGAGAAGUCGGCGAUUCGCGUAGCCCGGGAGAAGCGCAAGAAGGAGAAAGAGCGACGCAAAAAGGAACAGGAGAUCAAUGUCAAACAGAAGGAGCAUGACAAGGAAGAGCACAAGAUCAAGACCUUGGCGGGCAUGAUUAAGAAGGGCGAUGUGCCCGAGGGCUUUCAAACCGCGGCCGAUGUGUAUCCCGAUUCUGGCGACUCCAGUGAAGACGACGAUGACGCCCAAUACUUUGAGCAGGAAGUGGGCCAGAAACCCGACAAAGCGCUCUUCGACACGGCUGAGGCCACGGGUCGGAAAAGAAAGUUUAAUCCACCCAAUCAUCCUCGGUUCCUAAAGAAGAAACGCGGCGACGAUCGAACUGGUGGCUUCAGUAGCCGAGGCAGCGCGGGCAGCCGUGGUGGUCGUGGCGGGUCGCGAGGCCGAGGUGACUCAGGCGGUGGGCGGGGUGGUUACAGCGGGCGAGGUGGAUCAUCUCGUGCUCAUGGCGAUUCGGGUGGAGGUCGCGGCGGCGGUUUCACAGGUCGUGGCCGAGGUGACUUCCGAGGAGGCCGCGGAAGUUACGGGGAUCGUAGUGGCUCUCGAGGGCGCGGGGAUUCUGGUGGUGGGCGAGGAAUUUCUCGAGGCAGUUCUCGUGGUAGUUCUCGUGGUCUAAAUGAGGGACGGCGAGGUGGCUUCGGUGGGGGUGGACAGAAUCAAUCUUUCGAGGAUAGGAAACGAACCAAACGACCUCGACAAAUGUUCAACAGUCAAGGCGUUGGGCCGAACUUCAACAAAGACAAGCGGAACAAAGGUCCACGUGUGGUGGCCAAGAAAAUAAAGAACCGACGGAAAUGAUUAAUGUUACCUUCGGCGCACAAUCGAAUAAAUCCGUGUUAUCAUUGCAGA